AAAACGCGUACAAUCCCUGCGAAAGGAACUGGACUAUCUCAAAGCGACAGAGUGGAGAUAUCAAUCCAUAGAUCGAUACUUAGAUAGGAGCCAGAGGAAUUAAAGAUGUUGUCGUUAAUGUAUAACGGGAUUCAAUAUGCUAUGAGCUAUGUGUAUUCAAAUGAGACUGCAAAGAAUACAGAUGAAGAAAUAAAUGAAGUUAUAUCUCGUAUAGAGCUCGCAAGUAAGACUAAUACGGAUAAAACUGAAAAGAAAGAAGAAGCACUGAACGAAGAAGGAUGUUAUUACAAGACGGGAAGUAUUACCCAGAUCUCUACAGAUUGCAUCCUUAUAGAUGAUUCCUAUACAUAUGAUAUAAUCGAUGACUCGACUAAUAAUCUCAAAGUAGGUGAUAAGAUUUACUACCUGUUGUAUCUGCGGGAUCCAAAUGCAAAGCCAAAAGUACGAAAAAUUAUCUGUGUAACAGAUGACGACUGGAAUAAUGAAAACAUUAAUGUGAAAAACGAUGUCCACACUUAUAUGACAUCAAGGAAUAUAGUUGUUAAAGUGACAAAACGCGAAGGUCGAAUCACCAUUGUCGAACCAAAUAAUAUUCGCGUUGAUUUGUGCACAGUGCGAUCCGACUUCAUUCCCCUAAUUGGUGAUUGGUUGGUAUUAGACUGUUUAGUCGAAUUGAACAAUGAAUCUGAAGAUUGGAUGGGCGAAAUCUUAGAGAUUAAUGGAAUCAAACCGUUGCGAUCUCAAUUAAAUUGUGGUGUAAUAUCAAAGUACAAUCCAGAGAACAAGGUGGGAGUAAUUAAUAAUAAUAUAAUUUUUUAUAAACGCUUGUGUGAUGUGGGUUACAUUCCCUGCGUUGGUGACAAAGUAGUGACUGAAAGCAUAGAAAGUGAUCAAGGACAGUACAAAUGGAGAUCGUUGACUGUAAUUCCAUUAAUACAGGUUCCAAAAAAUGUAAUUGAAUUAACAACAAACAAUAUUCCUCCUUCCAUAUUAGAUACCGAAUUAUUAAAAAAUAAAUAUGGUAUUGUCAUAGACGACAAAUUAGAAUUCAAUUUGGGCAUAGGAGAAGAGGGUACUCUGGAGGUUUUGAUACAAAAUAAUGCCAGUUAUGCUCAUUUAUUGCAAAGUAGUUCCUUUGUGCCACAGAAGACUCCAUCUCAGUUGUCACUAGAAUCACCGAUAUGUACAAAUAUUAGCACAGUGAUAAAUCCUUCAGAAAGCGUUACUUACACAUUCAAAUGCAAACCACAAUUUAUUGGUAUGUCCGAGGAACAAUUUAUCUUUAAUUUCAAAGACUUUAAGAUAGCUAGAGUGUUUCAUAUAAAUAUUAAUACAAAGAACAUUUCACAAAAAUUCAAUUCCGCAUCUAAUCAACAAAAGAAGGAGAAAUUUUGUUUACCUGACUUGAAUGAGUUAAUUGAAACUACAUGUAUCCCUGGAGUAAGACCAUCUAAACCACCUGCAUUUAUCAAAAUACGCAAUGGAAUCUUCAAAAUACCACGAUACAUUUGGAAUACAGUCUAUGAUAUUAUGCAGAAUAAACUGUCACAGACAGAACGCGAAAUCGUUAUUGGAGAUCGGAUACCUUGUCUUCAAACAGACCUUUCCUUUGAGAGAUAUAAAGAUCGUUUUCAUAUUUUAUUGUUUCUGGAAGAAAUAGGUCUAACAAUAUAUGUACAAAGAUACAACAUGAAAAGUGCGAUUCUGCGACGAUGCGGUGAUUAUCUUAUGCUUGAAGUGCCAGGAUUAGCAGAAAAACGACCUUCCCUCAUGGUUGGUGAUAAAGUUUUAGUAUCUUUUCAGUGGGAUAGCUCUAAAGAAAACCUAAAAUACGAAGGCUUUAUUCACAAAAUGAAAAGCACAGAAAUCUUUUUGAAAUUUAACCAAAAGUUUCAUCAUGAAUACAAUGGCGAGGAUUGUCAAGUGUCAUUUAUGAUGUCGAAUGCUUCUUUUCAACGUUGUCACAAUGCUAUUAAUUUAGCUCUCAACCGUCUUGGACCUGAUAUUUUAUUUCCUACCCGAGUAGUGCAAAAAGAGCCACAAUUCUAUUUAGAAGAAAAUGAAAACGAAGAAAAAUCCAUUGAUGUGCAACUUCGUCACAAUGAAUCUAUUUCUUCUAACAAUUCCAGUUCCUCUAUCACUUCUGUCAGUGAUACUUCUAAUAAUACUAUUAAAAGAUUUCCAAGGAUGUCAGUAGCGGAUAGACUUUCCAAUGUUAAAUCAGUUAAAUCAGUAUUUAAAAAUCCAAUGUCACCUACUAGAAUGAAAAUGAAUCCGAAUUUUGAAAUGAAUUUGGCAAGUGCCAACGAUGGCAAAAUUAAUAUUGCUGAUGCCACAAUUUCCAGGACGCCAAAUGGAUCGAUCACUCAAACUAAUGAUGAACUAAAACCAUAUAUUAUUCAAAUAAAGAAACGAAAAUUAAAUUGGUUCAAUAAAAAAUUGAAUUAUUAUCAAAAGGAAGCUGUGAAAAACAUAAUAUUGGGAUUAGCGCGUCCACUACCCUACGUUAUAUUUGGCCCGCCUGGAACAGGAAAGACAGUGACUAUAUGCGAGACAAUCUUACAAAUUUUAACCGUAAUUCCCGAAAGUAGACUUCUUGUAGCAACGCCGUCGAACAGCUCGGCUAACUUAAUAGCGGAACGCUUAUUAGAUAGUAACAUACUUAAACCAGGUGAUAUGGUUCGACUGAUAGCUUACCAUUGCUUGAAUAGCAAUAUUAUACCUGAGGAACUAUUGCCUUACUGUGCCACAGCGGAAUUAGCUGAGGAAGGAACAGAUGAUCGUUUUUAUCAUCAUAAAAACGGAAUGAAAAUGAACUGCACCAUGUCCGUACUGGGUCGCCAUAGAAUUACUAUCGGCACUUGCAACAUAUUGGGAGUAUUGCACAACAUGGGUUUUCCUCGUGGUCAUUUCUCGCAUAUUCUAGUCGACGAGGCGGGUCAAGCGACUGAGCCAGAGAUCAUGAUUCCCUUAAAUUUUAUUCAUUCUGAUUACGGUCAAGUGAUACUCGCAGGCGAUCCAAUGCAACUUGGGCCUGUCGUGCAAAGCCAAUUAGCGUCAUUUUUUGGACUCGGUGUGUCAUUCCUUUCAAGACUUUUACAACAAUUUCCUUACCAAAGAGACCCUGACGGAUUCGAGACCGGCUAUGAUCCCAGACUCGUUACGAAACUUGUAAUGAACUAUCGCAGCUUACCAGAAAUACUGCAUCUACCAAACAUGCUAUUUUAUGAAUCAGAAUUACAGCCGCAAUUGUCGUCUAAAAAUAGUGAGGAAGCUAAACUAUUGGAAAUGUUGAGAGCAGAGCUGCCCGAGAAAGAGGGAUCACCACCAGCCAUAAUCUUUCAUGGGGUCAGUGGUGAGAACUAUCAAGAUUUUGAGAGUCCAAGCUGGUACAAUCCCGAAGAAGCUGCACAAGUAUAUCUGUAUUUGUCGAAGUUGUAUAAAUGUGGGCUUGAACCGGAUGAUAUAGGAAUUAUAACUCCUUAUUAUAAACAGGUGGUGCAAAUCCGAGAUCUGUUGUUGGAGCUAAAUCUUAAGUUACCAAAAAUCAGCUCUGUGGAAGGAUUUCAAGGUCAAGAAAGAAAAGUAAUUAUUAUUUCGGCUGUCAGAUCGUGUAAUAAUUUAGUUGAUGAGGACCUCAAGCACUCCCUAGGCUUUGUUGCUUCACCCACUAGACUCAACGUCGCAAUUACUCGUGCUCGCGCUUUACUUAUUAUCCUAGGAAAUCCGAAAUUACUCGUUUUAGAUCCGUAUUGGAGGAGCCUUCUGACAUAUUGUAUUGAUUGUGGUGGAUAUACGGGAUGUAACUUUUCACUUUCGUAACAAAUCUACAAAACACGUAAAAAUA